AUGAAAACAACAGGAAAUCACCCGAAUUCUCGACUCAGACGGCACGUGCAGAGAGUAGGCCUUAGAAUUAUUUUGUCCGUUGCUUUCUUUGAUGCAAGGUACAGACUACACCUUAGAAGAACUUGUCUUCAUCUCAGUCACAAGGGUCUACUUCCCAACAGCUCGGGGCACGUGGGAGUGGGCACGCUGCAUCGCACGCCCCAGGCUAUCAGUGUUUUCCUUAGCAAACCACUGGACAAAGACCUCGAAAAACUAGUCUCGGCUGUGCAGAAGGGCGACCGGUUCAAAGCUUUGUCCUUCGAGGACUUCCGGAGAUACGUUUUUCGUGCGUCUGAUCACGACAGUGAACCCUUCCUUUCCAAAGAUGGCAAGUCUGCAAAACCUAAACCUGCCAAGCCCUCCGAGUCGAAAGGGGCAAGCGUGAAGUCAGUGAGUACUUCAAAGCCUCUAUGGUCAUUGGACUCUGGAUUGUUUCUGGUAAGAUCAUCUGCUGACCAACUACGUGUGGCGUACGAUGCCCUUGAGCGAGUGCAUGGCAACGUUACCGUGAAUGCUUUGCUGAUCUCUUUCACAAACAUCUCAGACAUUAUGGCCGUUGACCAAAAAAGAUACAAUGGUGGUGACCGCAUUAUGUGCCGCGUUCGACUCGGAGCGGACAUGAACCCUCUUUGCGGAAAGCAUCCAGUGGUUGCUGUCGUGCCAUCUCGUAUGAUAUGGACUGAGGAAGGCAAGGGCCACUGGCUGAUAGACGGUCAAAAGAUAAAGAGCUUUGCCCAAAUUGGAAGUUUGCCACAUUUCCUCCCACCAGGCAGCGCUGGUGUAAGGGAAUGCACUGUAUGGCUCACUGCACCAUGGCCGACGGAGCAUCGAGCUUUCGACGUGAGAGUCUUUGCCUCUGACGCUGGACGAGUUCCGCUGAGACAGGUAGGUGGCCAAGUUAGCUUCUCUGUCCAUAUGCCAUCCCCGGCAGCGCCAAAGUUGGAACAAUUUGGCCUAGAGCCCCGAGCGAAUAGCUGCUCUGCUCUCCUCCAUUGGGUAGCUCCAGUGGAAGAGAAGUACUGUCCCCCGAUUGUCAAGCACAUUUUGCAUGUUGAGCCUAUGCUUCCACCCACUCAGCAGGUGGUGAGCAGUGGAGACCAGGCCAUCAAGGAUUUGGAGGUGUGGAAUCAGGAUUUGAGGGACUUGGAGAAGCGCAAGAGCAUCAAAGUCAACGACCUUCAACGUGGUGUGCCAUAUCGCUUUGCAGUGCAGUGUGUGCACCAGGUGGAAUCGAAAGAACAAGAAGUCCUCGGAGCUGUCAGCGACUUCUCGGAGACGAUUACGAUGCCAAUCUAUCCGGUGCCACCACAGCCAGGCACACCUGAAGUGCGAGCUUGGCAACAGACAGGCAAACUUGAAGUCUUAGAGAUACUUGUGCCUGUUCAAGAUUCUGAUCUCGUGGACAGGUUUUUUUGCUACGACAUCGAAUACAGACCAAAGGGCAAGAGUGAAUGGACAAGGAUUCCAGACAGCCAAAUGCACAUGAACCAUGAUCCGAAGUGGGACGAGCCCUUGGACAGCUACUGCUUCUCAUGUUUGCUCAUCGGCCCAAAGCCUGUGAUUGAAGAACGUGAUGCUUUGGAGUUUCGAGCACGAUCAGUGAACAAUGCGGGGCCUUCAAGAUGGAGCCCUCCGUCUCCAAGCAUCCAUCUGGGAAGCGCGGAAGACCAGGGUGGUGGUGAUGCAGAGCAGACCGAGUUGCAACUCACAGCAUUAGAUGUGUUUUCUGCAGCAUCAGCGGUGCUUGCAGAUGUUGCAGCUGAACCAUCACCAAUUCAAACAGGUAAAGCCACUCUGUCUCGCGGACGGACACAAAUCUUGGAGAGCCCCAAACCAUCACUGGCUCAUUCGAAUUUCCCAAAAUGUCCUCGGACGCAUUGUCGCAUCCAAUGGCAAUUAGAAGAAGGUGAAGAGAUUCACUACCAGGUUGAGGCUCGCGAGGAGCGGUUGCCAUUCUAUGCGGCGUGGACUCCGUUGCCAGCGUACUAUCGCUACAACGAAGACAAGGUUGGAGAGGUCUUUGUUUCAGGUCUUGAGAGCUUUCCUGUGGCGGAACCGCUGAUCCUGCGAAUGCUCAAGGGCAGUGGGAAGCGAGGUGUUUGUGCCACCGUCCGACUUCAUGGAGUUGCUGGUCCACCUGCUCCACCGUCUCUACAACUUGCUCGGACGCUGACUGCACCCGGCAGUGAGCUCCCAGUGGCAGAGCUCAUGUGGCAUGAGAAGGAGCCCCUGAAAGAGAUGAAGACAUUGAUCGAGGCCUCUUGGGAACUCGAAAACUCCUUGAAGACAGGGUGGAGUCAACUUGCUACGGCGCAGCCUAUGCAAAUGGACGAUGGAGAAGAGGGGCUUCUCAACAUUUGCUUUGUUCAGCUUCAACUGCCGAAUGCCGACGGAGGACAAGGAACUCGUUGUUCCCUGCGGAUGCGGUAUGAAGGGCCCGAUGGACAGAAAGGGGAAGCAUCUGCUGAGACUGAUGCUGUGCAGCUGGAUGAUGCGAUCCAAACGGCAAAAGCAGCUCAAGAAAUUGUAAGGCGAACAACCAUUAAGAAAGCAAAGGCUCCGCGUCGACCGCAGCAGCUGACAAUCAUAAGUGGCAGCAAAAGCCUCUGGGAGGUUUCUUGGGAACAGAAGGGAAAAUCGGACAAAGUACCAAUCUAUGAAGCAGAAGUUUGCUUCGGCAAAGCUGGCUUGGAGGCUCCAGACGAGGAUUGGCAGCCAGUUCGCAGCUUAUACGUGCAACAGAUGGAAGAGGCUGAAGGAGAGAAUGGUGGACUACGUUCAGUAACAGCAGCUGUGGCACUUCCUCACGACCUUCCCAAUGACAAAGCUUGGCGACUCCGUGUACGCAUACAAGGGGGAGACUGGUCUACACCAACAGCCUGGCAAGAGCCAGGCGUGGUGGACUAUGAACUUCCACUUCCAGGGCAGCCAACUGUCAGGAGCAAUCUAUUCACAUUUGCUCUUCAGUGGGAAGUCAGCGGUCACUGGAGUCUCAUCCAGAAUUUGCAGUAUGAAGUACAGGUCUCCGACAAGUCCGACAAUGUGACCAUCGUCAAAGCUUUGGUCGAACGUGGAGCAGCUUCUGAAGCUGUAAAAGCGAGCUUUGGCUAUGAGGAGCUGCGCUUCAGGGUGAGGGCCAUGAGCGCCAAUGGAGUCAGCGCACCUUCCGAACCCUCCGAGACUGAGAUACUGCUGAUUACCAAUCCUGCUGUCCAGCAGCCUCCUCCACCUCCAGAUUUGUUGGGCAAAGGAAUCAUCCUGUUUGAGGAGAAGAACAACUCGCUAUUCCAAUCUGCUCUGAUGCAUGUGUGCUUUCCCAAGCCGCUGACGGAUAUUCAUGAAUUGAACGAGGGGUUGCCAUCAGUGGAAUAUAAAUUGGAAGCCCAGUUUGGUUCGCAGCAAGAUGAAUCUGACUGGAAGCAGAUAGACCGGUCGCUGAUAUAUUGCGACGAGUCGACAAACACGGUCACAGCUCUAGUACCUACACUGGACGAGGAUGCAGAGGAAGCAGAGGAAUUUAACUUUGAGUUUGCUGAGAACGAAAGCCGCGUAUCCUUCGCGCGGAGACUUCACCCUCAGGAAGUACGGUUUCGCUUGUCAGCAGAACGAGUUGCCAGCGAUAUUUUCAAGUUUGAUCCAGUGCAUUCGAAGCCAUCGAGCACUUUCUCACAAGACUUGCCAGCGAUGCCGUGGAAUCUCAAUAUUUUUGGUGUUUCCGGCGACAUGCUAUGCAUCAACUUCCAGUGGAGCUUGCUGGCGAGAAGCUGCAAAGGCCUUCUUUGGGCAUGUUUGGAUGUGAAACGCGCAGAGCGGCAAAACCCAGAAGAGGAAGUGCCAGAGGCUGGGGAUGACUCCGAGGACAUCGACAAUGUCAUAGGUGGUAUUCCUGUGUUUUGGGUGCCGGCGAGCGACUUGCGGACACUUUAUGGUCACUACUCAAGCCAUCCCACCGCAGAUGCCCGAGAUACCACUCCCAGCGAUUUGAUGUCAAAGGCUUGCGCCAAGACCAAUGAAGCCAGCUGCGUCGGAAUGAUUGCGCUACCAAAAUGCUGCCGAGAUAUGACGGCUGUCAGAGUUCGCCUUCAGAUGUCAAUGAGGAAUGCUUUUGGACAGACGAAUUGGAGCCAACCAUUCGUCAAGCAAGUUCAAGAAGAUCCAGAAGAGGAGGAAGCAGAAGAAAAGCCAGCAGCAGUUUGCACGCUACACUUGCAGUACCCUGAGUGGACCUGUAUACUUCCUGGGGAUGACGAGAUGCUUGAGAAUUUCUCCCCGCAAGUUGUGCUGCGUGAGACGUCAACAACCGGAGCACGAGAGGUGGUUCUUUUGGACAAGGCGGGUCCGAAGGCAGAAGCUCGCUUGGUUUUCACGGUGCAAGGAGUCCUUCCAAAGUGCUUGCACCUGGACAGCUCCACGGGAAUCAUCACAUGGAGCCUGUUAGCUGAGGGAGAACCUGAUGAUGAGCCCAUGACGGGCAUCAUGGACACGUUUGUGAUACAGGUUGCGCUCGUGGAAUCCUGGUUCGACGAGCACAACGGCUUUCAAGCAGCUGCAAGCCUUUGCGCGUCAGCACCAAUGCACUUGGCAGCUGCACCCAGUGCAUUUGGUGCAGAUGAUGCAGCUUGGGACUUUCUCAGAAGCAUACUGCGAGGCUUUGUGAUGGAGGUGCUGCAAGGUCGUGGUUCAGAAACAAUGCAAGCGGCUUGUGAGUUGUUGCAGGACGAAGAGCUUGUGGAAGGAUUUGCAGACAUUUGCGAAACGUUGGCGAGUGAUGUAGGGCUCUCUGCAUAUGAGGUUCUCAUGCGAGUGCUGGAACUGCCUAUCAACUACCUGGAACUCGCAGCUGAGCUGGAUCCGGACGACUUCUUGGACUUGAUUUGUGUUGCGCUCGACUCUGUCAAUGACGAGAUGCCCAAUUCUCAAGGCCAUGGUUCUGAGCCAGACGAUGAUCAUCACUUUGGGGGUGUAGAGGGAUCAGAGAAUGACUCUGGAUCGCACGAGAAUGAUGGCUUGGGGACAAGUUCUUCGGAUGACGAAGAAGAUCAGGAAGAACACCAGAUGCCUCUGAACCUUGACGGAGAAGUGAGAAUCGACCUGAAUAAAGAGACGGCCGAUGCCAAGAUCCAAGUACAGCAUGUGGACGGAAUCACAGCCCCAGCUGGAAGUCCUGCAGCCACCCCAGCCCCAAGCAGCUCAGCCCCAGGUGAGCGAGGCAGCACGAUGCUGGUGGGCCUUACCAAGGUCAUAGCAGCAUUUGGAAGCAGGUCAUCUGCCGCAGCUGCCGCCAGACGAAGCUCUUUGGCCCGCGGCCCCGGGACCAUCACUGCCAGGCGGGCUAGCAGAGCAGAAUUGCAGCAGUUGCGAAGGGCUUCGCACCUAAAACUGGACGGUUCCACCGAAAAUCUGGAAGGACUUGGAGGUGUGUCCAGCAACAAGUUGAGAAGUUUUCGAAGAAUGUCAAGUCACCGUGGCAGCGGUGCUUUAAAUCAUCAAGGCGAUGAAGUCACAGCUACCAGGAGCAACAGGCCUGAGCGAAAGGAUGCUGCGGAAGUGGAGAUAUCUUAUCCAGACUUGCUGCCCAUGUGGCCUUCUUUUGAAGAGUGUGAAUUCCACCCGUCCAUCAACAUACACAAAACGAAAGCCGCUCGACGGAGAUCCAUUAUGCAUUCAGCAACUCAUGCAGGCCUAAGUGCACAAGAUGAUGCCUCACCACCACGAGAAUCGAUACAGUUUUCUAUUGCUCCAGGUCUUCCUGGGCAGAUCUGCAUGGAUGAGACCACUGGUGUGAUCAGAGGAUGUCCCUUGAUGGAACGCGUUGCGGGCUGUAGCUAUACGAUCAGCGCAAGUGACCGUUCCACUGGAGAAGUCGUUGGCAAAUGCACAAUUCUCUUCGCUGUGGCACCUGCAGAGGUUGCUCGACUCUGCAACGUAGCCUUUCGCGGGCAGGAAGUGUUAAAAGCAGGUCCAUUGCAGGUGAAAGCUCCUGCAAAGGGCUACCCAGCAGAACCGAAAGAUCCUCUAUCUUCAGGAGAGGCCUGGGUCUCUCAAGUUACUCCGAGGCAUGGCCAGCCAUGGGCGCGCGUACAGCCACCACUACACAGUGCGACUCCAGGGCCUUCUCCUGUCAGGCCAUGGAUGACUGUCCAACAAGCCUUGAAUGCCUCUCUGACAAAACACUCUUCAAGGCAGGGUGUCAUACAACUUGGCCCACCUCUAAAGGACAGAGAUCGCAACCGUCAGUCCACAUCCAGAGGCACACAACUCACACAACAACUUCCACCUGUAAAUAUUUCUAGGCCACGGAAUUGAAACGAAUUCCAUUCAUGUGGACAGACAUUUCCUGCUCUACAUGACCAUUUUGUGAGUCC